AUGAACCAGAACAUCAAACAGAAACUCAGCAAAGCAUGUGAGGAGACAGGCAUGAACUGGCUAGAUGCCUUGCCUCUAGCCCUCAUGUCAAUCAGAAGCUCCAUUAACAGAGGGACAGGUUUCUCCCCAUUUGAGCUGACACGUGGCCACCAAUUCCCGGGCCCAGGAGCCUUGAGCGUAGGAAAGGAAGUAGAGGUCAUGUGUUCGAAACCAUACUACCGGCAACUUAAGGGCUUGGUAUCAGAUUUCUCCACACAGGUUACGGACGCCAAAGGGGGACACGAGAAGCACGAGGCCAACACAGCAGAGUUCGUCUGGUUGAAAGUCAUCAGGCCUAAGUGGCUCAACCCCAGGUUUUCCGGCCCCUACCGAGUGACCCAGAGGACAUCCCAUGCCGUCCGCCUAGAAGGAAAGGGGGACAACUGGUACCACUGGAGCCAGUGUGCGGUCGGGAAAACACCUGCGAGGACCCUAGACGACAUCAGGACAGACCUGGCCCUCGUCAAGGAAUUCGACCCGGGAGGCAUCAUCAGCGGGCCGGAGGAUCGGGAGGACAUCUUGUUAACAUUCAGCGGGCCGGAGGAUCGGGAGGACAUCUCUCCAGCAUCGACCCGGAAGCCGCCAUCAGCAGGCCGUCGGAGGAGGAUCCGGAAGACAUCUCUCUAGCAGGCAGCCCAGAAGCCGCCGUCAGCGGAUCGGGGGGACAAAGACACGGCAAGCCAGGACGGCACAGGGGACUCCACUCUCCGCUGAAACAGGUUGAUAUAGCCGGUGUGGAGUUUGUUUCAAUAUCCCAU